AUGACCCUGACCCCAGAGGAGGUCAGGCUGAAAGUGGCCAAAGCCAGAGAGGAGUGGGACAACCUGAUGAGCGAUCUACAGGGCAGAGAGACCGCCUUACAGAACCUCCAAUCACAGAUGAAGGAUUUUGAGGCACGUGUUGCGCCUCUUCAGGAUUGGCUGAAAGCCACUGAGGUCACAGUGCAGGAGAGUACGGCCCGCCUCCAGGACGUCCCCAGCAAGAGACAGGAGCUCCGCAAACUACAGUCUGUGCUGAAGGAACUGCUGUCCCGAGAGGCGGAGCUAACACAGCUGCGAGGGCGGGCCCAGGAACUGUGGGAGGGGCAAGCAGCUGGGAAGGGCUUUGUGCACGGGGUGUCCCAGCUGGUUGCUCAGUACCUGGCGCUAAGCAACCUCACUAAGGAGAAGCUGUCCCGUAUGGAGAGGGUGCUAGGCGAGCACCAGCUGUUCUCUGAGGGUCUGGGGCGGCUGCAGCUCUGGGUGAUGGAGGCCCACAGGACCCUAACCCACACACACACACACACACACCUAACCCACACACACACACACACACACCUAACCCACAGGACCCUUCAGCACGGCUCCACUCCGCCUGCAGACAAGAACCUGCUGCUGCACUGGAUGAGCCAGCUGGAGGAGCUGGUGGCGGCGCGUGCAGGGAAGGAGAUUGAGCUGAAGAUGCUGAUCACCAGGGGGGAGUGUGUGCAGAGGAACACGUCGGCUGAGGGCGUCCCCGUGCUCCGCAAGCAGAUGCAGGACCUCAAGGACGCCUGGGACUCACUGCUGGCCACCUGCAUCAGCUGCAAGAGUGGCCUGGAGGGGGCGCUGGUCGAGUGGACGAGCUGCCAGGAGGACGAGGGGAUGUUCAGCAGCUGGCUGGACGGCGUGGAGACGAGGGUGGCCCAGUCUGGCCGGCAGCAUCCCGAGAUGAGAGACAAGACCGGGAACCUGGGCAGAGCCAAGAUCCUGUAUGAAGAGGUGCUAAGCCACUGUGGCCCCCUGGACGCCAUCGCCUCUAAAGCCUCCAGACUCUCAGAGUCCAGCGGCUCCCAGCCAGGAGUGCAGAGACUGAUGGAGCGAUACACCACCGCCAAACACAGAGCCAAGUGUGCAGUGGAGCGGGCAGAGGAGGAGGUGUUGGCCCAUCAGGAGUACCAGCGGGGGCUGCACCUGUUUGAGGAUUGGCUGGAGCAGCAGCAGGAGCGUCUGGGGCUCCUCCUCCUCAACACACCUGCAGGGGAACUAGCCGUCCUGGAGAACACACUCAAGAGCCUACAGGAGUUGCGCUGUCUCUGUUCUGAGGGCCCUGUCCUGCUGCGUGCGGUUCUGUCCAGUCGUGAGCGGGUCGUGGUGUCGUGGGGGGGGGUGCCCCAGAUCGAGGACCGGGCGCUGGAGGCGACCCAGAGGGAGUGGGAGGGGUACCAGGCCCGGCUGGGCGAGGCGAGGGUCCGUGUGGACGGCGCCGCGACCCGCCUGCGUCAGAUGGACCUGCGGUUCCGGAGCCUGGAGGAGUGGCUGGAGGAGAUGGACGCCACGGCAACCGUGCGCCACCACCGACGCUCCGACCGCCACACCAAAGAACGACAGCUGCAGCAGCUUCAGCGCUGCCAGGCGGAGGCCCUGCGGUACCAGAGUGAGGUGGACGGGCUCAGUGUUCUGGUCCAGGAGGUUCUGGAGGACACACACACACACGCCAGCAGCCAGCUGAGCAACAGAAUCACUCAGCUCUGUGGACGCUAUCACACACUACUGCUGAAACUCAUGGAGACGAUCACACAGAUUCAGGAGGAGAUAUGCAGCAUAGACGACGCCCACUCCACCUCAGGAACCUUCUCUGAUUGGCUGACCACUGCCCAGAGGGAAUUUGUUGCAAUUACGUCAGCCAAUGAGGAUCUUGAUAUUGUUGCCAUGGAAAAGAGGCUGAAAAGCCUGGAGGCCCUGCAGGACGAGGCGCAGCGGGGUCACGGCCUCAUGAAGAGCCUCCGUGAGCAGGCCGAGGGAGCGGCCGCCUUCCUGGACGCCUGCGGAGCGGAGCGGCUGGAGGUGGAGGUGGAGGGCCGGCUGGCCCAGCUGGGGGAGCUGGCGGUGGGGCUGCGGGCCGAGCGCGGCACCCUGGACCGGAACCUCAAGCUCCACAGGGAGUUCCAGGGGAGGCGGAGAGCCCUGGCGCAGUGGCUGCAGGAGACCAGGCUACUCCUAGGGGGCGCCGUGGAGCCCAAAGCUGAACUGUACCAGCGCCAAGCCCAGCUAGCCAAAUACCAGGCGGUCCAGCAGGAGCUGCAGUGUCGGGGGAGGGGCCUGCAGGCGGUGGUGGAGAGGGGGAGGAGCCUGCAGAGCUCCGCCAUCACAGAGAGCCUGGAGACGCUGCAGGAUGACUACACUGACCUGUGCACUACUGCCACACUCCACACUCAGAGGGCGGAGGCUCAGGUGCGGGAGCAAGAAGACUACCUGAGGGAACUCCAGGAAGUGGAACUCUGGCUCCUGCAGACCUGCAGCAGCAUGGUGACCCCUGACCCCUCCGAGGGGCGGAGUCUUGAAGCGGCCACCCAGCAGCUGGCUGGACACAAGGCCAUCAUGGAGGAGAUAGCAGGCUUUGAGGAGCGCCUGGAGGGGCUGAAGCAGCGUGGCGAGUCCCUCGUGGGCGCGUGCGUGGGCAGCGCGGGCAGUGGGUCCGUGGGCAGCGGGGAGCGGCAGCGUGGCGAGUCCCUUGUGGGCGGGUGCGUGGGCAGUGCGGAGCGGCAGCAGACUCGGCUACGUGGGCAGGUCCAGAGCCACCUGCAGGGGGCCAGAGACAGCUACUCUGCCAUCUGCAGCACCGCGCAGAGAGUGUACCAGUGUCUGGACUGUGAGCUGCAGAGGCAUGCGAGUGUUGAGGAUGCGCUGCCCCAGUGCCACUCGUGGCUCAGUGCUGUUCAAGCCGAGCUGCAGUCGGCUGUGCCGACGCCUCUCAGCCUGCAGGAGGCGCUCUCUCAGGUGAAACAGGAUAAGGCGCUUCAGGAGCAGGUGGGCACCUACCUGCAGCUGUUGUGCUCCAGCUGUGACCUGUCUGAUGAGGCUGUGAGGGAGACCGCCACUGAGAUCCAACAUGUCAGCGUGCAGGUGGAGGCGAGGCUGAGGGGCGCCACGCGGGCGGCAGACCAGUGGAGGGAGCUGGGGGAGCAGCAGGACCGGCUGAACGCUCGUCUGUCGGAGACGGAGCGCCGCCUUCACAGCCUCUCCCGCAGGCCGGCCCAACUGGAGCCCAGAGGAGCCCAGGACCUGCUGGACCAGAACCAGGCCUUCAUCCAAGACCUGGAGCAGCAGCAGGCAGAGCUGAGUCGGCUGGGGGAGGCCCUGGCCAGCAUGACGGGGAUCCGGGAGGCCCCCCCGGGGCUGGGGGAGCGGGGGGAGGGGGUGGAGGUGGGGCACCUGCGGCAGGUGGCGCUGGAUCUGGGGCAGCUGGCCAGGGAUCUCAUCAGGCAGAGGCAGGAGGACCUCGAGAGGGGGGCGGAGUACCACCACUGCGGGGACACACUGGACCGGCUCUUCCAGCAGGUGUCCAGAGAGUGGGACUACCUGGCCAGGGCGGACACUGAGAGCACCUCGGAGCACCUGGGCGCCCUGAAGAAGCUGUUCGCUGACCUGCAGGACCAGGGAGGCCUGUUGGAGGACCUGAGAGAGAGCAGGCUCGCCAUCCUGCCCCGCCUCAGCCCUGAGGACCGGGACCUGGUCAAGGAGCACGUGGGACAUCUGGAGAACCGCUGGGUCCGCCUGGAGAACCUCCUCCGGCAGAAGAUCCGUGACUCCGCUUCGGUCCUGAAGGAUCUGGAGCUCGUGGAGGCCCGCCUGCGAGAGGCUCGGGAAUGGGCCCAGGAGGAGAAGCAGCAGCCGUCAUUGGCUGAUGAUGCCCUCAGGACCAGCCCCCCUCCCCCGCCGCCUGACAUCAUCGCCCAGAGCUUCCUGUUCGACCACCUGAGCGUGUGCGCAGAGAUGGAGGCCAAGCAGCUGCUGCUGACGCAGGCGGUGGGCGACGCCGACGAGCUGUGCCCGCGCCUGGGCCUGAGCGAGAGGAGGAGGCUGCGGGCGCUCACGCAGCAGGCCCAGGCUGAGGUCGAGGCGCUGGGGGUCACGGUGACUCAGCGCCGGAGGAAGCACCUGACCGAGGCCCUCGCGGAGCGGACGCAGUUCCUGCAGGCGCUGGGCAGGGCGGCGGCAUGGGUGCGGCAGCGGGAGGGCAAGGCUUUGGCGGCGGAGGCGGAGCACGUCGCUCUGCUGCCGGACGACGUCUCCAGGCAGGUGGACGGCUGCAGGGGCGCUCUCAGCAGCCUGAAGGCCUACCAGGAGGAGCUGACCUCCCUCUGGACUCAGGCACGAGACCUGGUGAAGGACAGCACAGACCAGGAGAGAGCGGAGACUCUGGGCGCGAUGCAGGAGGUGCAGGGCACAUUCGACAGCGCCCUCCGCAGGGGCACGCGGAAGCUGCUCGACCUUGAGAAAGCACUGGCAACCAGGAAGUACUUCAAGGUGGACCUAGACAAGAUGUGCGAUUGGCUGAAGCGGAAAGAGGCCCUGAUGUUCGGUCAAAUCGACUGGAACAUGAGUGACGCAGAGCUACAGCCAAUCGCAGCGCAGUACCAGGACAUCCUGGAGCAGGCCUCCGAGUACGAGAACCUUUUGCUCAUCGUCCAGAGGGCCGGGCAGGAGAUCCUCCCCACACUGAAUGAAGUGGAUCACUGCUACCUCGACGAGAAGCUCAACGCCCUACCUCAACAGUACAACAGCAUCCUGGUGUCUGCCACACAGAGGCACGAGAGCGUCCAGCAGGCGGUGUCUGAUCGGAGAACCUUUGGUUCCUUGAUGGAGGCGGCGCGCGAGACGACGAGGGAACUACAAGAACAGUUUGAAGCCUUGGAGAAGCAGAGUCCCAGCUGUUCUAUGGAUGAUAGCAUUCCAAGACUACAUAGUCACCUCACAGACCUCCAGAGGAGCCUUGGAACUCAGGACGCUUCUCUGAAGGACCUGCGGAGGAGGAACGAGGCCCUUCUCUGUGCCGGCGGCGGCCAGCCCUGCAAGACUGAGGCCCUGCAUCGCCUGCUGAGACUCCACUCAGGGCUGAAGCACAAAGUGAAAGUGAAACUGAAAGACCUUGACCGAGUGCUGACAUCUGUGGAACAGCACAACGUGUUGGUUACAGGUCUGGAAUCUGAGCUGAAGGCUGUGAGGGACCACAUGAGGAAACUAGACUCACACGCCCACACCUCAGGUGACGUGAGCAUCCUCCACAGCCUGGGUCCGUCUCUGGCGGCCGCCGAGUGUCAUCUGCAGAGACUGCAGAGUGGCCCAGACUUCGCCCGCCAGGAUGAGCAUAAGGUCACUUCCUGGCAAGAGGAGCUGCUCAGCCUGAGGGAGAGGACCUUAAGAGAUGACCUCGUUAGCUCCUCCUCGAGCUUGGACGAGCUGACAGUUGAAAAGGUUGAACAUCAGUUGAGGAAGAUCUCGUCGCUUCAGGAGGAGGUCCGGUCUAAGGGCCGGAUCGUCAGAGCUUUGGCUGACAAGGAAGGACAAACGAGCCGUAACCAUGACGACGCUCUGCUGGGAGAUGUUAAACAGCUGGAGAGCGAUGUCCUUCAAGCACUUUCUACCAAACAGUGUGCCCUCACACAGGUGCUGCCACUGAUCCAGCGGCACUCCGCAGCCUCGGCAUCUGCCCACCAGUGGCUGAAGAGGGCCACUGCAUUCCUGGAACAGGAGGAGGCCAAGCAGGAAGUAGACCCCGAGGACCUGGAGCUGAGUCUCAAUGACCUGGGUGAUGUCCACGCCCAGCAGGAAGUAGACCCCGAGGACCUGGAGCUGAGUCUCAAUGACCUGGGUGACGUCCACGCCCAGGAGGAGGAGGAGGAGGAGCUGGAGGGGCUGGUGGGAUCUGCUCUGGCACUGAACCACCUGACAAGCAGUGUGCAGAGUGUGCGUCAUCAGGGGUCAAAGGUCAAGGAGCAGCUGAGGAGGCGUCAGGAAACCCUACAGAGAUGUGCGGCUGCAUGGGGUGUCUAUGAGGCGAUGAGAAGAGAGGCUGUCGCCAGGAUGGAUGAAGCAGAGAGGAGCCUGAGUGACAUCACCAGUGACAUCACCAGUGACAUCACCACAGCUAAAGCCUCAACCUUGCAGGAGGCUCAGAGCAAACUAGAGAAGCACAAGUGUCUUGUGGCAGAGGUCGACGGCUUUGAGGGCGGCCUGGCGGCGCUGCGAGAGCGAGCGGGCGAGUUGGCGGGGAUGGGCAUCAGUGCCAGGGCGACCGCCUGCCUGACUGACACUGUGUGGCGGCGCUGGACUCGGCUGAGCAGUGCCGUGAGAUCCCGAGAGAGGGCGCUAGAGAGCACUGCCCUGGAGUGGAGGAGCUUUGAGGAAAAGGAGUUCCUGAGUGAAGGAGAGCCGAACCAGGCCAGACUAAACGCUGACGGAGAGCCGAACCAGGCCAGACUAAGCGCUGACGGAGAGCUGGCCCAGGCCAGACUAAACGCUGUGCUGAUGUGCGGAGAGCAGCUGGCGCGGGUGCUGGAGGCUGAUGGGAGAGCGGAGGUCGGAGGUCACAUGACCCUAACCAUAGAAGAGGUCAGGCUGAAAGUGGCCAAAGCCAGAGAGGAGUGGGACGACCUGAUGAGCGAUCUACAGGGCAGAGAGACCACCUUACAGAACCUGGAAUCACAGAUGAAGGAUUUUGAGGCGCGUGUUGAGCCUCUUCAGGAUUGGCUGAAAGCCACUGAGGUCACAGUGCAGGAGAGUACGGCCCGCCUCCAGGACGUCCCCAGCAAGAGACAGGAGCUCCGCAAACUACAGUCUGUGCUGAAGGAACUGCUGUCCCGAGAGGCGGAGCUAACACAGCUGCGAGGGCGGGCCCAGGAACUGUGGGAGGGGCAAGCAGCUGGGAAGGGCUUUGUGCACGGGGUGUCCCAGCUGGUUGCUCAGUACCUGGCGCUAAGCAACCUUACUAAGGUAACGUUUCUCUGGCGCUAA